UUGGCACUUGGCAGUUUUCUUUCUCUCUUUUCAUUCGUAGCUUUCAACCGUUACGUUCCUAUGUCAAUUUUCAUGCUUUCAUUUUCACUUUGUGUUUUUUUUCUUGUUUUAGUUUUACACUGAUUCUUAAUAAAUGCCCUUCUUUCCUUUUUCAUUGUUUUUUAAUGUAAUUUUGGGUUUCAGAGGGAAAUGGGAUUUCUGGGGAGUUUACUAGGAAUCAUUGGAUUUGGAAUUGGAAUCCCACUUGGUCUUUUACUGGGUUUUUUACUAUUCAUUUAUGUCGAGCCUGGUGAAGUUAAGGAACCAAUUAGUAGACCAAUUCAUGAGUUUGACACAAACUCAUUGCUUGAUAUUUUGCCUGAGAUUCCCUUGUGGGUGAAGCAUCCUGAUUAUGAUCGAGUGGGUUCUAAGCUCCUGUCCCCUUUCUUUUUCUGUUUAAAUUUGAUAAGUUACAUUUUACAUUAUGUUGUUCAUACAUUUUAUUUAUGUUUUACCAUUAUUUAUGUUCAAAAUUGUAUAAUUGUGCAGAUUGACUGGUUGAACAAGUUGCUGUCUGAUAUGUGGCCUUACCUUGAUAAGGCAAUAUGUGGUGUUAUAAAAAGCACGGCAGAGCCUGUAUUUGCGGAGUACAUUGGCAAGUUUAAGUUAAAGUCAGUAGAGUUUAAGAACCUGAGUCUUGGAACUAUCCCCCCUUCAAUUCAUGGUAUCAAAGUGCAUGAAACUAACGAAAAUGAACUAUUAUUUGAGCCUGCAGUUAGAUGGGCUGGAAAUCCCAACAUAACUCUGGUGUUGAAAUUAUUGUCACUUCGGAUUACGGUGCAGCUGGUGGAUGUACAAUUAUUUGCAGCGCCCCGCAUAAUUUUGAAACCUCUGGUGCCAACAUUCCCAUGUUUUGCGAGCAUAGCAGUGUCUUUGAUGGAGAAGCCACACUUAGACUUUGGACUGAAUUUACUGGGAGGGGAUGUUAUGGCGAUUCCUGGUGUAUAUCAAUAUGUUCAGGAUGCCAUAAAAAAACAAGUUGCAAGCCUCUACCUCUGGCCCCAAACUUUUGAAAUACCAAUUCUUGAUGGUUCAGUAGGGUCUACGAAGAAGCCUGUUGGCAUACUACACGUGAAAGUUGUGCGUGCAAUCAAACUCUUGAAGAUGGACUUAUUGGGAGCAUCUGAUCCUUAUGUUAAACUCAGCCUAAGUGGAGAUAAGCUUCCAGCAAAGAAAACUUCUAUAAAGAUGAAGAACCUGAACCCUGAGUGGAAUGAGGACUUCAAGAUUACAGUAAAGGACCCAGAGUCUCAAGUUCUUCAGUUACAUGUCUAUGACUGGGAGAAGGUGGGGACACAUGACAAGUUGGGAAUGCAAAUAGUUCCACUGAGGUUGCUUACCCCACAUGAGACUAAAGAAUUUACACUUAAUUUGGUCAAGAACACAAACCCCAAUGAUCCUCACAACAAGAAAUGGAGAGGGAAACUUGUGGUGGAGUUAACAUUUAAGCCUUUUAUAGAUGACAGUGAACUGUUUAGUGGAUCAUUGCAUGGAUCUGGGAAAAGAGAAGACAUGGUUGGAAAAGGAUCAGAAGAUGUGUCCUUGAACAGAGCUGGCUUACUUCUUGUUUUGCUUCAAGGCGCUGAAGAUGUUGAGGGGAGUCAUCACAACAACCCUUAUGCUGUAGUCAAUUUUGGAGGAGAACAGAAGAAAACCAAGACGAUCAAGAAAACCCGGGAUCCGUGUUGGAACGAAGAGUUCCAAUUUGUGCUAGAAGAGGCUCCUUUAAAGGAGAAGAUCCGCAUUGAAGUCAUGAGCAGGCGGACAGGCUUUAGUUUCCGACGAAAGGAAUCAUUAGGAUAUGUGGAUAUCAAUCUAAAUGAUGUAGUACACAACGGACGUAUCAAUGAGAAGUACAAUCUGAUCAAUUCAAGAAAUGGAGUCUUACAUGUUGAAAUACGUUGGAAGGUGAUUUGAGACGUGCCACCAACACUUUAUACUUCACUACUUUUAGUGUCUUACAUUCUUUUGGUUAUAUUUUAUACAAGCAUAUUCUUUUGUAUCACAUUAUGGAGUACAGAGAGUCAAAAUAAUGGAAAAAAGAACAAACAAAUCUGUAUUUUAUUGAGUCCUAUUUCUUGUUAAUCUUUAUUCUUGUAUAACACCUAUAGAAAGGUGUUGAUUUUUGUAAUUUGAUACCCUGUAAUUUCACUGUUUUAA